CGACUUGACCGCCGACCGUAGCCCAGGAGAAGCAAUCAUCGUUCGAUCCUCUCUCGUUUUGAACCUGUUUAUACGACUAUAAAUUUCGAUCUUGGUGUUCUCAUGUUUACGUGAUUCAUAGUGUUUAUCUUCGUCUACUAAAAAUCAAAUUAGAAGAACAGGAAGAAGAGAACAAGAAGUAUUUAAAAAUACCACAGUGAAAGCGCUGACAACAAUCAGAACAAUAUUUAGAAAAACAAUACAUACAUGUUACAAGGGUUUUUGGUGACCGAUAAAACACUAGACAAGUUACAGUACGGAAUUAAUAUGGGAAUAUUGCCAUAUUCUAAUGAAUACAAUUAAAAGGUAUAGAAGUAUAUAUUACAAUCAUCCUCGUGUCCGCAGUAAUGAAUUUGGAACAGCAACAAAAUUCUUGAUUUUACAGAGAUAUAAACGAAAAAUAAUAAAAACAAAUAUAUAUGAAAGCGGGCGUAAGAAUGUUAUUGUCAUCUGGUAUACAACAAAUGUAAUUGCAAUAGAAAAUACUUGUUUAUUGAAUUUCUGUCAGUUUAACUGCUAAACUGCAAGUUAUUUCUAAAUAAACUUUAAAUAAUUUGAUUGCUGUUCAAAUGCAGUAUUCGAAUGUAUAUAAAAUUAAUUUAUUUAGUGUUUUAAUACGAUAUAAUAUUAGUUGCCAUAAUUUUGUGAAACUAUUUAAAAUUACAUUAAUAAAUCGUCGAAAGUUAUCAUUCAAUGUCAGAUUUUAAGAAUAUAAUUGAUCAUUUCGAAAGUAAUGAAGAUAUAUAUUUUGACGAAAUUUUAAGAACUUCGAGUUGAUAAAAAACUUCAUUCCGUUAACAUUAACUGAAAAUUAGCAAAAAUUCAUUAAUUAUGAAAAACUGUUACAUUGAAUUAAGUAUGAUGAUAAAUAAUGAAUACAAUAACAUACAAUUUUUCAUAUUUUAUGAAAAAAUAAUAGUUCUCUAAUAGUUGAAAACGUUGAGAGAUACGAAAAUGUCUGAAAGUAAAGCAAAACCGGCAUCACCAAUACCGCCGGCUACUACUAUACAAUGCUGUAAUAGUUUAACAGAUACACAAUGUCCAGCACUUCAAGUGACGUCACGAAUGUUACGAUCGCCGAGUCAUGAAAGUGUUACGACUGACCUCUCUCUAUUUAGCGUCUCUUCAAUAGCAAGCGAACUGCGAGGGGUUAACAGACUCGUUACUUUUAAAUCUUAUACCGAUAUACAUCUUUCUGGUCGUGGCCCAUCACCGAAACCUGACUCUCGUCAGGUUCAAAGCAACAGGCCAGCAGAUAUACCAGAAAUUCUUUGGUUUGAAGAAGAAAAUGAAUUAAUUCGUAGUUGUGGAGUACUUUCUUCGGCACUUGGACUUCGCAAAAGUUUUAGCACGAGCGACGUAUCUCAACUGCCAAGUCCAGAUAUAUUGGGGCCGAAUGGGUUGCGAUCAGCUGUAUCUACUUUGGCCCUUAACACUGCCCAAAGAAAUACUUUGCUUUUGGAACAUGCACGACUUGAUCAUGCUUCGAGAUCCUGCAGCACAUGGGUUGCUGUUGGUGAACCAGUCGCCAAUACAUCGCAACUUCCUAGUCCUCAUGGCGGAGCUAUGCAAGAACAACAAUGUCAGCAACAAACAUCCAGUUCUCAAUCAGCUCAACAACCUUCUACUGCAUCACAUCCAUCCAUACCUUUCACAGGAGCUGAUUUUGUUAGGUCUGUGAAUAAGAAGGUUCGCCAAAAUUAUAUACGCCGAAGAUUGUUAACAACAUAUCGUGCUUUGGAGCGACUUUCACAAAGCGAAUUCAAUUUAGAUCAGUUGGAAGUUGUAGCGAGUGCAGCACAAACAGCCUCUGGAACUACACUGCUGGUCCCUGGAACAACAGGUACUACUGGACCUGCACUAUUGGGACAAAAGGAACGAAACCAUGCUUUGACCAUUAAAGACGUUGAAAGAGAACGUGGAAAUCAAUUAUCCAAAUAUGAAAGAAAUAUGAUGAUCUUUAAUUGGCUACAUACUCUUGACGAUACUGCUAUUGUUGACAGUACAGAAUAAAUUGUGUUAACAGUGCUAGAGGCCGAAAGAUUUAACCGGUUAAGAUCGUUAAGAAUUAAAACUACCCUAAAAAAGUGCAAGGGCCAGAAAAUGUUUUAUUUUAAAUAAAAAAACAGAGAAUACACAUUGCCGUGUAGAAGGAGAUAAAAACGUGUUAUGGUGGAAAAUAUAUCCAGAAUUCAGAGAUGCCGCCCAUAAGUGUAGUCGAUGGUUUACUAAACUAAGACACACACAGAUUUCGCUAAGUAGUUAAUGAUGGAGAAAUAUCUAAUCGAUUAUGUAGAUCUUUUAACCUCUGAUACAGGGUUCUAUGUAAAUCUGACACUUUUGCCACCGACACCAGACAUACAUUUGACCUAUAACAAUUCUGAAUGACAACAACUUUAACUGAUUGGCAGUAUUAGCACAGCGAAAUAACAUUUUCGGUAAAGUCUGGUGUCGGUGAGUUGUUGUCGGUGAUUUCAAUGGGACUUCUGAUAUAAUAAUCUUGGGCGAUUAUAAUUAACCUUUCCACUACGCUUAACAUUAACAUUUAAUUACGAUACAUGUUAUAAAAGUUUGUAUCAAAGUAUAUUAAAAUUCAAAUUUCUCACAACAAAUAA